GAAGGAAGGAAGGAAGGAAGGAAGGAAGAAAGAAAGGUUGGAAGGAAGGAAGGAAAGUAGAGGAUUGAAAUUGGAUGGUUCUCUGUACCCUUUACCUCCUCUAAGUCAAGAAUCACCACAGUCUCAAUUUCCUUGGGAAAGUUACCUAUGUGCUUAUGGUUUCAGCUGGCUUACUGGCCCUCCUACACACACUGGUAAUGCAUAAUGAUCUACUAAGAAUUCAUCGUUUACCCUUUUGAAGAUACUGUGAAAUGUAGGAUAAAUGGUUAUUUAGCAAAAUAAGUUAUACCUCUUGUCAAGGGCUAUAGUGAAACCUUCAGCCUUAUCUCAAGGUACUUUCUAUUCCAGAAGUUGGAAACUCAAAUGCCUGUAGAGGCCAGGUGAUGAGAAUGAAGCAGGAAGCUACUGCAGUGAACUGGAGCGCCAAGUCCUUUCUGGAGGAGCAGCCACUGCUCCAUUCCAGAUAAUUGUUGCAAGGCAGGAACGUUGGCCUAGUGUUACCAUAUUGUCCAGUUUCUCAGGCUACAUUAUUGGAAUUUUGAAGUCAUGAAAACAUCAGAUGAACCAACCUGCAACACCUUGGAUUCAGAUUGGAAGAUAAAGAGAAAGUUUAAAGAAUGUGGCCUAUAAAGGCGGGUACCUGGAAAUAUUAACCGACUCACACUGUAAAAAUGAGACCAGUUUCUAAACAAUAGAGCUUGUCUUAGUACAACAUCAAGGUUCAAGACAAAUGUUGAACUAAAAACUUUACACUCCCCACCCCCAGUUCAGACAGGUACCAGCAUUGGUGAAUUAUGAUUUUCCUUAGUCAGAAGCACUCAUUUUUACCCAUGUAGACCAUCCUUAGGAAUUAAAUAUUGGUUAUUUAAUGUAGAUUAUAAUGGGAAGCUGAUUUUUUUCAUAAUGGCAGAUUUCAAGGACUUGGUUCCAAACUGAGCUGAAGCUUCCCAAUGCGUUUUGUACAGUCUGGGAAAAACUGUGCUGCACUGGCCCACUUUUGAAGGCCAUCAUGCUCUAUAAUAUAAGGAUAUCAUCUUAUUGCUGAUAUCUUUGGAGAGUCCCUAGCAGGCACAGAAAAUGAAUGGAGGCAAAGAGUGUGACGGAGGGGACAAGGAAGGAGGUCUUCCAGCUAUACAAGUUCCUGUGGGUUGGCAGCGUCGCGUGGAUCAAAAUGGAGUGCUUUAUGUCAGUCCCAGUGGGUCUUUGUUAUCUUGCUUGGAGCAGGUUAAAACAUACCUGCUUACUGAUGGAACAUGCAAGUGUGGCUUGGAAUGUCCUCUUAUUCUUCCCAAGGUGUUUAAUUUUGAUCCUGGAGCUGCUGUGAAACAGAGAACCGCAGAAGAUGUUAAGGCAGAUGAAGAUGUCACAAAGCUAUGCAUACAUAAAAGAAAAAUUAUUGCAGUGGCCACACUUCAUAAAAGCAUGGAAGCCCCACAUCCUUCUCUGGUGCUCACCAGUCCUGGAGGAGGAACAAAUGCAACUCCAGUAGUACCUUCUCGGGCAGCAACUCCAAGAUCAGUAAGAAAUAAGUCUCAUGAAGGAAUUACAAAUUCUGUAAUGCCUGAAUGUAAGAAUCCUUUCAAGUUAAUGAUUGGAUCAUCUAACGCCAUGGGAAGGCUGUAUGUACAAGAACUGCCUGGAAGCCAACAACAGGAACUCCACCCUGUCUACCCCCGACAGAGAUUGGGCAGCAGUGAACAUGGACAGAAAUCUCCAUUCCGUGGCAGCCAUGGAGGCCUGCCCAGCCCAGCGUCAUCAGGUUCCCAGAUAUAUGGAGAUGGUUCAAUCUCUCCAAGGACUGACCCGCUUGGAAGUCCUGAUGUUUUCACAAGAAAUAAUCCUGGUUUUCAUGGAGCUCCCAGUUCUAGUCCUGUUCAUCUGAAUAGGACUCCUCUUUCUCCACCUUCAGUAAUGCUACAUGGUUCUCCUGUACAGUCAUCCUGUGCAAUGGCUGGAAGGACUAAUAUACCUCUUUCCCCAACCUUGACUACAAAGAGUCCAGUAAUGAAAAAACCAAUGUGUAAUUUUUCAACUAAUAUGGAAAUACCACGAGCAAUGUUCCACCACAAGCCACCCCAAGGCCCACCUCCCCCUCCUCCACCUUCUUGUGCUCUUCAGAAAAAGCCAUUAACAUCUGAGAAAGAUCCACUUGGCAUUCUUGACCCUAUUCCUAGUAAACCAGUGAAUCAGAACCCUGUUAUCAUUAAUCCAACCAGUUUCCAUUCAAAUGUCCACUCUCAGGUACCUAUGAUGAAUGUAAGCAUGCCUCCUGCUGUUGUUCCUUUGCCAAGUAAUCUCCCAUUGCCAACUGUAAAACCUGGUCACAUGAAUCAUGGGAGUCAUGUACAAAGAGUUCAGCAUUCAGCUUCAACCUCCCUGUCCCCUUCUCCAGUGACAUCCCCAGUGCACAUGAUGGGGACUGGAAUUGGAAGGAUUGAGGCAUCGCCCCAAAGAUCACGCUCAUCUUCCACAUCAUCAGAUCAUGGAAAUUUCAUGAUGCCAUCUGUAGGACCCCAGGCCACAUGUAGUGGUAUUAAGGUUCCACCCAGGUCACCAAGGUCAACAAUAGGGUCCCCAAGGCCAUCAAUGCCAUCAAGCCCUUCUACCAAGUCCGAUGGACAUCAUCAGUACAAGGAUAUCCCUAACCCAUUAAUUGCUGGAAUAAGUAAUGUACUAAAUACCCCAAGCAGUGCAGCUUUUCCUACUGCAUCUGCCGGAAGUGGUUCUGUAAAGAGUCAGCCUGGUUUGCUGGGAAUGCCUUUAAAUCAGAUCUUGAACCAGCACAAUGCUGCCUCCUUUCCAGCAAGUAGUUUACUCUCAGCAGCAGCCAAAGCACAGCUAGCAAAUCAAAACAAACUUGCUGGUAACAACAGUAGCAGCAGUAGCAAUUCUGGAGCUGUUGCCGGCAGUGGCAACACUGAAGGACAUAGCACUUUAAACACCAUGUUCCCUCCUACUGCCAACAUGCUUCUCCCAACAGGUGAAGGGCAAAGUGGUCGAGCAGCACUAAGAGAUAAGCUGAUGUCUCAGCAAAAAGACUCAUUGCGGAAAAGAAAACAACCACCUACGACAGUGUUGAGUUUGCUCAGACAGUCUCAAAUGGAUAGUUCUGCAGUUCCUAAACCUGGACCUGACUUGCUAAGGAAGCAGGGUCAGGGUUCAUUUCCCAUCAGUUCAAUGUCUCAGUUACUACAGUCUAUGAGUUGUCAAAGCUCUCACUUGAGUAGCAAUAGUACCCCGGGUUGUGGGGCCUCAAAUACUGCUUUGCCUUGCUCUGCUAACCAGCUGCAUUUUACAGAUCCCAGUAUGAACUCUAGUGUUCUUCAGAAUUCACUGACACAGAACAUACCUUUAAGAGGGGAAGCCGUGCACUGCCACAAUGCAAACACUAACUUUGUUCACAGUAACAGUCCAGUCCCCAACCACCAUCUUGCAGGUUUAAUAAAUCAGAUUCAGGCUAGCGGGAACUGUGGGAUGCUCAGUCAGUCGGGCAUGGCUUUAGGAAAUUCCUUACAUCCCAAUCCACCUCAGUCAAGAAUUUCAACGUCCUCCACUCCAGUGAUACCAAACAGCAUUGUUAGCAGCUAUAAUCAAACAAGUUCUGAAGCAGGUAGUUCAGGACCAUCAUCCUCCAUAGCCAUAGCGGGCACCAACCACCCUGCCAUCACAAAGACAACAUCUGUUCUUCAAGAUGGCGUCAUAGUCACCACCGCAGCUGGAAACCCACUGCAGAGUCAGCUACCCAUUGGGAGUGAUUUUCCUUUUGUUGGCCAGGAGCACGCACUUCAUUUUCCAUCCAACAGCACUUCAAACAACCAUCUUCCACACCCCUUGAACCCCAGCCUCCUCAGUUCUCUACCUAUCUCUUUGCCAGUGAAUCAACAGCAUCUCCUAAACCAGAAUCUAUUAAAUAUCCUCCAGCCUUCAGCAGGAGAAGGCAAGUCUGAGAUCAACCUCCACCCUUUAGGUUUUCUCAACCCGAAUGUAAACGCUGCUUUAGCUUUUCUCUCCAGUGACAUGGAUGGGCAGGUAUUGCAGCCUGUUCACUUUCAGCUCUUAGCAGCCUUGCUUCAGAACCAAGCCCAAGCAGCUGCCAUGCUUCCCCUGCCAUCUUUCAAUCUGACCAUCUCAGAUCUUUUGCAACAGCAAAAUACCCCUUUACCCUCAUUAACACAGAUGACAGCCCCACCAGACCAUUUGCCAAGCAAUCAGUCAGACAACAGCCGAGCUGAGACCCUUUUAACCAGCCCCAUGGGGAACCCUUUACCAAGCUUUGCAAGCAGUGACACUACUUUUAACCCCCUGUUCCUCCCAGCUGUCAAUGGGGCCUCAGGAUUAAUGACCUUGAAUCCCCAGCUGUUGGGAGGUGUCCUGAACUCGGCAUCGGCCAACACCGCUAAUCAUCCAGAGGUUUCCAUAGCAACCUCCUCCCAGGCAACCACUACCACAACCACUACAUCAUCAGCAGUGGCAGCACUGACUGUCUCAACACUUGGUGGGACAGCAGUGGUGUCAAUGGCAGAAACAUUGCUGAAUAUAUCUAAUAAUGCUGGGAAUACACCUGGUCCAGCUAAACUCAACAGUAACUCUGUGGUGCCACAGCUACUUAACCCUCUACUGGGGACAGGUCUACUUGGUGAUAUGUCAUCAAUAAACAAUACUUUGAAUAACCAUCAACUGACUCAUCUACAGUCGCUGUUAAACAACAAUCAGAUGUUUCCUCCAAAUCAGCAACAGCAGCAACUUCUCCAGGGGUACCAGAAUCUCCAGGCAUUCCAAGGACAGUCCACAAUUCCUUGCCCAGCUAACAAUAACCCCAUGGCUUGUCUGUUUCAGAACUUUCAGGUGAGAAUGCAGGAAGAUGCAGCUCUCCUAAACAAAAGAAUAAGCACUCAGCCUGGGCUCACAGCACUUCCUGAGAAUCCAAACACUGCACUUCCACCUUUUCAAGAUACACCUUGUGAGUUGCAACCGAGGAUUGACCCAUCUCUUGGUCAACAGGUGAAGGAUGGCCUCGUUGUGGGUGGCCCAGGUGAUGCUUCCGUAGAUGCCAUUUACAAAGCAGUUGUCGAUGCAGCCAGCAAAGGAAUGCAGGUUGUCAUCACCACUGCAGUCAACAGUACAACUCAGAUCAGCCCCAUUCCAGCUCUGAGUGCCAUGAGUGCCUUCACUGCCUCAAUUGGUGACCCAUUAAAUCUCUCCAGUGCUGUCAGUGCGGUCAUUCAUGGACGGAACAUGGGCGGUGUUGAUCAUGAUGGUAGGCUGAGGAAUUCAAGAGGGUCUCGGCUGCCCAAGAAUCUAGACCAUGGGAAAAAUGUGAACGAAGCAGAUGGGUUUGAAUAUUUCAAGUCAGCAAGUUGCCACACAUCCAAAAAACAGUGGGACGGGGAGCAAAGCCCCAGAGGGGAGCGAAACAGGUGGAAGUACGAGGAAUUUUUAGAUCAUCCAGGCCAUAUCCACAGUAGUCCUUGUCAUGAAAGGUCCAACAAUGUCUCUACACUGCCAUUUCUGCCUGGGGAACAGCACCCAAUACUGUUACCACCAAGAAACUGUCCAGGGGAUAAAAUUCUAGAGGAAAAUUUCAGGUAUAAUAACUACAAAAGAACUAUGAUGAGUUUUAAGGAGAGACUAGAGAACACUGUGGAAAGAUGUGCACACAUUAAUGGGAAUAGACCUCGACAGAGUCGGGGAUUUGGAGAGCUGCUAAGCACUGCAAAGCAAGACCUGGUCCUAGAGGAGCAGUCUCCAAGUUCCUCAAAUAGUUUGGAAAAUUCUCUGGUCAAAGACUACAUCCAUUACAAUGGAGACUUUAAUGCCAAAAGCAUUAAUGGGUGUGUGCCUAGCCCUUCAGAUGCUAAAAGCAUUAGUAGUGAAGAUGACCUAAGGAAUCCAGACUCCCCCUCUUCAAAUGAAUUGAUACAUUAUAGACCAAGGACGUUCAAUGUUGGCGACUUGGUCUGGGGCCAAAUCAAAGGACUCACUUCCUGGCCUGGAAAAUUAGUAAGAGAAGACGACGUUCACAAUUCAUGUCAACAAAGCCCCGAGGAAGGGAAGGUCUGGGUAAUGUGGUUUGGUCUUCAUACCUUCACUCAGGUGGAGCCCGAGAAGUUGAAGACACUAACAGAAGGUUUGGAAGCCUACAGCCGUGUCCGGAAAAGGAACAGAAAAAGUGGAAAGCUAAAUAACCAUUUAGAAGCUGCUAUUCAUGAGGCCAUGAGUGAACUGGACAAAAUGUCUGGGACUGUACACCAAAUCCCACAGGGUGACAGACAAAUGAGACCCCCCAAACCCAAGAGGAGGAAGAUCUCCAGAUAACAGAGACUACUCCACUAAUGCGCAGUGUUUAUUAAAGGAACAUGCACAGAUGUAUCUGUAUAUAGGUAUUGAUAUAGCCACAGUUAUAUCAAUAUUUAGACUAUGGCAGAUAGCUACCACCACCACAGGGUGCUAAAAGAAACAGUGAUACAAAAUUUCUUUGAUCAGGAAGGAUAAUGAAUGCUGGAAAAACCAAUCAAAAUCUCUGUGUGAUGAGAGUGAUAAAUGGUCAAGAGAUUACUGAGAAACUCUUUUUCUAUAAUACUAAAUUGUGAUUAUAAGAAAUAGUCCAAAUGUUUCUGAAGAAUUUUCAAUGUUGUAUAUAGAAAAUACAGAAUUUCAUGGUGAUAUCGGAAAUGUAAAUAUUGUACAAUAUUGUCAUGUACAAGCGUACCUAAUGCACACUUUAUCUUUUAUUGUACAAAGAAAUAGUGUACAAAAUUCUUUGGUUUCUAUGGAGUACACCUACCAGAGACUACCAGUGUAAAGUGAUAAAUAAAAAUACAACCUAAAUGCUUUUCUAUGAUAAUGUAAAA